AUGUCCUCAAAGCUACAUCAAAUGCCUGAUGAAGCGCAUUUUACCCCGCAGAGCUUGCCGGUCAACUUUGAAGACAACUAUGAGCAGGAGAUUAAGAGGCGUCUGCACAAGAAAAGAAAAUCACACAAGAAGCAUCGCCGUCAUCAUCACCACCGUCCUCACCAUCGACAGCGAGAAGGACUUGGCGAAGCCCCCGAUAAUAAGCAGCAUAUUGUGGAGAAUGGGCCGUUGUCGCAGAUUAUUACUGAGGAAAACGGCCAAACCGUUCUCACCCAUCGAUUUGACUAUGAAAAAGCCAAGAAGAAGGACGAUGGCAUUGAUGAUAUGAAGGUGGAGCGUGUGGAACGGCUAAACCUACCCGACUACGUGCAAGAAACGAAAAUCAUGCACAAGAAGAACAUCUCCCCGUCGACGCUGGCGAUUCUGCAAAAGUUGAGAGCUUCCGGAGCGCUCCUAAGCCCAGCAGCCGGAUGGCCUCCGCGUCAGAUGCCGUUCGAUCGUCGUGGUGCUCCACCAGUCUUUGGAGCCCCGAUCCGAAGCGCCAUCCCGAUUGGCACAUCGCAGGGCAGCCAGCUCGCCUACAUGUAUCCUCAAAAACGGAUGUUGCUACUGCUCGGCGUUUUAUAUAUUAGCUACCUAUCAGAAGCUGCCUCUACCCUACGUGACGGCGGAGAUGACGGGGACCUAAUCGCCGUCCAACCCUCAUUUAUGGAAUUCGAAGACCCGAUAGCCCGUCGAUUAGGGUUGCUGAUGCAGCAAGAAACCAGCACAUCAGCCGCUAAAACCACUUCUCAAGCGACGAUUUCGCUGGCCCCAAGACCGAGUCCCACUCCUAGGCGCAAAAAGAUACGCCACGCCAUCGCCUUCCGCACCUAUUGGCAACCAAAAAUGUCCCAGCCAAGGCCCACGACACCUGAGCCAAUGCCGGAAUAUCCGCUUCCGGUGAAAGAUAUGUUGGUCCCUCGAGCCUCGACGUCUACCUCCAGACCUUCAUCAACUGCAGAGAAACCGAUUUUGGUCGUUGAAAAUUGGCAACAGCCUGAAACGACACCAGCUGUUUCAUCACCGACGGCCACUACGGAUAUUCCAAUCCGGAUGACCACUCGGCAAUUUGCUAGAAUUCGGACCCUCGUCCCCAUCGUGCAAACCUACGAAGAUGGCCAGCGAUUUGAUGUGAAAAUGCUGCCCUCCUCACUGGGUCAAUUUGUCCCAUUGGCGCCUCUCGUUGGCGACGAGAACAGCCGAAAAAAUGCGGUCCCCGUGCUGAAGACGGUUCUACGGCCGCAACUCAUACGAGGACGUCUUGGACUUGCCGAUCGCGUCGAAUACGUGCCGUAUCGGUACGUUGCCCUGGCGUCAAGGGCCAGAGCAGAAAAUGCCCGCUCGCCGCUACAAUAUCGACUACCA